CACGAAACUGCACCUGCACGAGGAUGGCAGGCCGAAGGAUGUCGGCCGCGUUUUGGGUGCUCUCAAUGUGCCUUUCAGCCACACAUUGUAUCCACUGCAAACUUCACACCAAGACAUCGGACUUCCAGACACAGUACGCAGUCACAAUUGCCAUCGGCACGCCUGCCCAAGAGUUCGAUUUGAUUGUCGACACCGGGUCAUCGGACCUUUGGGUGCAAGGCACAGACUGCGUGGCGUGCAAUAGCGAGCCACGGUUUGCCGCCUCGAUGUCGAGGUCAUUUCGUCCUAACUGCGUCCGUGGGAGCUGCACGUACACUAUCUCGUACGGCUCGGGCAAGUCGUCGGCCAAGGUCGGGCAGGAUGUCGUGUCCAUGGAAUCCUAUGUUCUAGCGGACGACGUUCAAUUUGGCGUCGUGUACGACGAAGACACGUCGAUCACACAAGUCCUCGAGAACAGCGGAAUCCUUGGGCUAGCGUUCAAGUCAAUGGCAGCGUUCACGUCGCCGUGCGCGCAAGAGUACAUGAAGUCGUUUGCGUUGUCGCUGAGUCGGACAUCGCCGAUGCUUUCCAUCAACGAAGUGCUCCCAGCCUACAACGAUCCAGCCCUACAGUGGGCCACCAUGCCAGUGGAGGAGCUCGCCGGACUGUACUCGUACUGGAUUGCCGGACUGCCGAAUGCAACGCUCGGGUCGCUCCAGCUCUGUGGGACCACCACGAGCCGAUGUCAAGCAGUGCUCGACUCUGGCACCGGUUUCGUCGCCGUACCAUCCUCCGAGUGGAACGCGGUGGUAGCCGAACUCCACUCGUUCGGGUGCUACUCCAUGGGCGAGUCUGGGCCAUUUUCGUGCCCCAGCAUGACGCGCCUGCCAAAUUUGACGCUUACGCUCGGAACGACCCAGGGCUAUGCGUGCACCCUGACUCCAUCCAUGUAUGCGUUUCAAAGCGCCGGCACAGUCGUCGUGGGUUUGAUCAUGUCGCCGCUCGACAUGUGGAUCCUCGGGUCGCUCUUUCUCGAGCAGUAUUACAUCGUGUUCGACGUGGAAAAUCGCGAGAUGCGCAUGACAGAGCUCGUGGAAAACGUACCUGCAAUGCCAGAGCUCGAGCCCGUCCCGAUUUCGAUCCACGACCAGCCAUCGUACUUCGACCGAUACUUUGAUGAAAUCGUGGCAGAGCACGUGAUGGUUGUCAUCGUCCUCGUCGCGAGCUUAGCGCUGCUGUACAUGAUCGUGUGCCAGUCCGGCCCGCGCAAGCACCCAUGGGAUCGAACUGCGACGUCGGACGAUAUGCUGCUUGUGACUUUACUCGACCAGCACCACCAGUGGAAGCGCCAGCCGAUCACUUAACACACCCCAGAACGCGACGACUCCCCCAUGGAGCGCCGACUGUCGAGACGGGUGUGUCAGCAGAGCGUUGGUAUUAUUAUUAAAAAACAAUAAAAUUAAAUCAAAGCAACA